ACCAAAGAGGACUCAAAAUGAGAACCACCAUCAUGCUCUCUUUGCUUUUCUUCCUCUUCUCUCUUCUCACUCCAACCCUCAUUUCCUCCUCACCUGCUCAAAACCCUGAAUCGGUCGUGCAAGAGGUAAACAGGAAAAUCAAUGCCUCAGCAGCUAGGCCUAGGCCUAGGAGGAGCUUGGGGUACCUCUCAUGUGGAAGUGGGAACCCCAUUGAUGAUUGUUGGAGGUGUGACCCAAAUUGGGAGCAGAAUAGGCAAAGGCUAGCAGAUUGUGCAAUUGGGUUCGGCAAGAACGCCAUUGGUGGAAGGGACGGUAAGAUUUACGUGGUGGACGACGCCGGCGACGACGAUCCGGUGAACCCAAAACCCGGAACCCUCCGUCACGCGGUGAUUCAAGAUGAACCAUUGUGGAUCAUCUUCGCCAGAGACAUGGUGAUCAAGCUAACGGAAGAGCUUAUCAUGAACUCAUUCAAGACCAUUGAUGGUAGAGGCGCUAGUGUGCACGUUGCUGGGGGUCCAUGCAUUACGAUACAAUACGUGACCAAUGUUAUAAUUCAUGGGAUUCACAUACACGAUUGCAAGCAAGGAGGGAAUGCUAUGGUGAGGGACUCCCCACGGCACUACGGGUGGAGAACCGUAUCGGACGGUGAUGGUGUGUCCAUCUUUGGGGGAAGUCACAUUUGGGUCGAUCAUUGUUCAUUGUCCAAUUGCAACGAUGGUUUGAUCGAUGCCAUACAUGGGUCCACAGCUAUUACCAUAUCCAACAAUUACAUGACACAUCAUGAUAAGGUCAUGUUGUUGGGUCACAGCGACUCCUACACUCAAGACAAGGACAUGCAAGUCACAAUUGCUUUCAACCACUUUGGGGAAGGCCUUGUUCAAAGGAUGCCAAGGUGUAGGCUUGGGUAUUUCCAUGUGGUGAACAAUGAUUAUACUCACUGGGAAAUGUAUGCCAUUGGGGGAAGUGCUAGUCCAACCAUCAACAGCCAAGGCAACAGAUUUCUUGCACCCGAUGACAGAUUCAGCAAAGAGGUGACAAAACAUGAAGAUGCGCCAGAGAGUGAAUGGAGGAAUUGGAACUGGAGGUCAGAAGGGGACAUGUUAAUAAAUGGUGCAUUUUUCACUGCAUCGGGUGCUGGAGCCUCCUCUAGCUAUGCAAGGGCUUCUAGCUUAAGUGCAAGACCAUCUUCCCUUGUUGGUUCUAUAACAACAGGUGCUGGUGCACUUAGCUGUAAAAAAGGUUCUCCUUGCUAAUAAUGAUUGAUCAUGCAACUUCUGGCUGAUCCAUUCAUUCCAAAAAGGAAACCAAAACAUAUAUAUAUUUUCCAAAAGAAAAGGGAGGGAAAUUGGGAAAAACAAAAAAAGAAAAGGCCUACAUGGUGGAUCAAUAGCUUUGGUUUUUUACUUUUCCUUGGAUUUCCAUAUAUAUCCACUUUUUCCCCCUUUUUUGGGUUUCUUAGAUUGUUUUCUGCUGUUUGUCUUUUCUUUUUUUCUCUUUAGUCUUCUGAGUUGCUCAUGAUUACAACCUCCACUUGUUACUCUUAGAACCAAGUCAAGCUGAAGAAUUUUGAUGGUCUAAGAGAAAACCAAGUGCAGAAGAGUUGAUACUAUUAUUAUAUU